CGGCAGGCUCGGGUUUAAGGCUCACCAAUUCAGGUGAGAUUGGGGCCGCCAUUUCAUUCCUCGUGAUACAUUCCGUCUCUCUUUAAAUGUGUUUUGGCCAAGUCUGCCUGAUUCCAACCGAUCUCGUCUUCUCCCGAGACAAUUAUAGAUGAACCGGAGUAUAUCCUAGUCAAUCCUUGUCCAGUGUACCUGUAUUAAACCACCGGACGUUCUCUACUUUGUUUUGUCCGUGGCUCAAUUUCGGGGCUUUAUUAUGGAGAAUACACGCGAGAUACUAGCAGGCGUAACCUCGCUGGCCUCUUGGAGGAACCUGGCCUUGCUUUUGGCAGUGAUUAACUUGAAAAGUCUCCCAUUUGUCUGGCAUUUCCGCAUACUAUAUCACUUCAUAGGCAACCUGCGUUUGAAACCCAGUGCGCCACUUCUCCCCAAGGGGAGACUUAUUGUGGACUCCCGAGGCAAACCAACACAUCCUAUCUUCGUGCCAUGCAUGGUCACAUCUCGCACGCCGCUGCUAGAGACCGACUACAAUCUGCACAAAUCAAACAGCACUUACUUUACGGACCUGGACGUUUCGCGUACAGCGCUCGUGAGCCGAAUUUACAGUCCUGGCGUCGGCAAUGUGAGCAAGGAGCUAGACCAGGAGUUCCUAGCCGCAAGCAAGAAAAAGGGAAUGCCGGCACCCAGGCGCAAGCCAGUUUUGAUUGUGCUCGGAUCUGUUUACUGCACUUUCAAGCGCGAAAUUAAGCCAUUCGAACUAUAUGAGAUGCACUCCAAGGUGAUCUCUUGGGAUGCAAAGUGGAUGUACAUCUUGACCUGCUUCAUGCGACCUGCACGCGGCAGUGGCGGCGAAAAGGUGGUCCUUGCUGUGGCCGUUAGCAAGUACGUGGUCAAAAAGGGGCGGCUGACUGUUCCCCCGGAGCGGCUUUUACGCGCUAGCGGGUUUCUCCCAACGCCGCCCCCAGAAAGUGAAGCCAAGACCGCACUAGCCGACGCGGAUUCCUCAGCCGAGGCUUCCGACGUUGGGACUCCUGCUAGUGGUGAAGGUGUCACGGCCCUUGAAGGUGUGGAUGGAUCAUUGGUUCGGGAGGUAUUGAAGAUGAACGAUGACCAGAUUCCUAGCCAGGAGACACUGGAUAAGCAGCAGAAGGAGAAUACUGACUCGUGGAAUGUCGAAGAGUGGACCUGGGAGCGCAUUGAACAGGAACGCCUGCGGGGACUGGAGGUUGUGAAGGGAUAUACUAAUUUGGAUGCUAAGUUGUUUGAUGAAUGGGUGCAAUAGUUUUAAAGCGCUACAACAUAGAUAGUCGGUGAUCAUGCAGAGGGUGAUCCAAGCGCCUUGAUGACCUCAACGUUCUAACUAAUAUUAGAUUUUGGAGAUCUAAAACAACGGGCCCUUCAUACAUCCACAGAUCUGCAAUUUAAUUUCCAAAGAAAGACCGACCAGGCCCAC